UCUGGCAAAAACAAAAGCCACUUAUUAUAAAUACGAACAACAGUAACUGAUUUUUCUCUCUCUGCAAAACAAGAAAAUAAAAUAAAAUUAUGGAAAGGAAACCUCUGCGGCAGACAUAACGCAGGAUUUGCCAGAUUAGGGUUCUAAUUUAUCCCUCUCUUUAUACUUGUAUAUAUAUAAUAUAAUUUAUUAUUAAAGAAAUUCUCUCAGAAGCUGUCAGCGGUGUGAAGACAAACUUUCUUCGAAGGCCGGCCGACACUUUUAAGCUAUACAGUAAUUUCGUUUAUUUUUCAUUUGUUGUUUCUCUAAAUUUAUUAUUGGGGAAAAAAAGAUUCGGGGUAAUCGAUUUAUUCUCAAAUUAAACUAAUACACAAGUGAAGCGGUGAAGAGAUUCUGGGUAAUGGAUGAGGAAAUAGUUUUAGCUGUAAAUGUGUACACUAGUAGUGAAACUAUGAAAUUAAAGGUGGAAGAAGAAGAUGAAGACUUCAUAAGCUGUUGUUGCGAUUACGAGGAUGAAUUAGAGGAGAGAGAAGAAGAAUGUUCCGAUAUCGACUCAGAUUGCGAUCUCGAUGAACACUUUGCUAAGAUGUAUUUCAAGGGUGUUUCUGUUACUGGCCCCGGAGAUUCCGGUACUAGGAUUUCUGGAGUUGGUGUUGUUAUGGAGAGGUCAUGUAAUAAUGCUUCUCCUAUUCGAGUUCAAAAGAAGCUCGAUUUCUAUGUCGAAGAGUUGGUUGCGGAUUACUUAGCUUUGCUUGAUGGUUUAUCUGUGGCUGUACAAAAUGACAUCAGCCAGGUUUUCGCCUUUACGGAUUCAGAAAUCUUGCAUAAUCAGAUUAUCCAAGACGACGAGGUUGCUGAAAGUCCUCUUCUUUUGGCACUGAAGCAAAGAAUCAUGGAACAAGCAAGUGAGAUGGAAACUUUCGUCUUGAAAUUAGUCCCUUCCGUUGACCUACAGAAGGCGCUGCAUUUAGCACAAGUGGCAGUGGGUAUUGUCUCGCUUCCUACCGAAGGAGACGAAAUAACAGAAACCUGCUCAAUCUGUUGCGAUGAAAAGCUCUCAUCGAUGAUGCUCACGAUCAAAUGCUCCCACAAAUUCUGUUCCCACUGCAUGAAAACCUACGUGGAGGGCAAACUACACUCUACACAGGUCCCCAUCAAAUGCCCACAAUUGAAAUGCAAGUACUCUAUUUCCGCCUCCGAAUGCAGGUCGUUUCUUCCCGUUUCGUCGUACGAGUCUCUAGAGAGAGCACUUGCCGAAGCAAACAUUCUCAAAUCGAACAGCAUUUACUGUCCUUAUCCGAGUUGCUCGGUAUUGUUUGAUCCUAAAGAGUGCUUGUUGUCUGCUAGGGCUAGUUCAUCGAGUCACUCGGACAACUGCUGCGUGGAGUGCCCUGUUUGUCAGGGUUUCGUGUGUGUGGACUGUGGAGUACCUUGGCAUUGUUCGAUGACGUGUCAGGAGUACCGGAACAUUCCGUUGGAGGAGAGAGAUGCUUCUGAUUUAACUUUGCAUCGGCUGGCGCAGAAUAAAAGGUGGAGGCGUUGCCAACAGUGCCGGAGUAUGAUCGAGCUUGCUCAUGGCUGCUACCACAUGACAUGCAGGUGUGGACACGAGUUCUGUUAUUCGUGUGGGGCGGAAUACGUGGAGGGGCAACAGACAUGUCAGUGUGCGUUUUGGGACGAGGAAUAUUCCGAAGAAUAUACCGAAGAAUUGGGGAGUUAUCAUCCGACGCAGCAGCUGGAACAGUGGUCGUGGGACUCGUUUGAAUCACUUCCAAUGAUGACAAUGGAUGCGUAUUCGGAGCAGGAGAGAUCGCAGCUGGCACUCAUCCAGAGGUUUCUUUCCGGUGGUUUCAGUUUGACGGACCACCAUAAUCCUUAUGGUGAGGAUCACGAUCGAUCUUCUCCACAGAGCUGUACGGACUCUUAUGCUGAGGCGAUGAAGGAUCUGCAUCAGCUGCCCUGGCUCGAAAGAUUUGUGUCUGUGAUUAGUGAUAAUUACUACGAAGACUAUAUCCAGUGAAGAGUACCUCACUCACACACUCACUCCUUGAUCAUAAUAGUUUUUUUUUUCUUUUUUUUUUUUGUAAUGUAUUGUGUGUUUUGUGGAUCAAGAUUUGUUUAUUGUUCUUGAUAAACAGUUUGGAGAAGGGAAGAAGUCAAAAGGGAAACAAAAAAAAAACAUGUUUCAUUAUUGUUAUUGGAA